AUGUCGACUACAAAUACCGAUUGAUACUCGACAAGUUCUCAGUCGUCAAUUUUGUAUUAUUCUUAAUUUCUCGAUGGUUCAUGUUGAAAUACACAGGAUUCUAAUUUUACUUCAAUUUCAAAACAUCCGAACACAUGGCCAACUGAGUUAACCUCUGUCGACCAACCGACUGACACGAGAACAAGCGAACCUGAUUGCGACAUUAAAGUGCAAAAGGAAUAAGUACCGUACAUAAUAUCUAGCGAGAUGGAUGAAAACGUUGCAGAAACAGACGCAAUGGAACCGGUUGCAAAAAGAUUUAAAAGUUCAAUAAUCUCGAAACACGUGGAGUCAACGGAAUUCCAAAAACUCUUUGCUGAUCAUUGGCACGGCUCGAAGCCCGUGAAAACAGAUACAAUAGAGAUAAUAACAGAGCCGUACCGAAUAUGUAAAAUUUCAAAUGUUCUAGCUGAGAAUACGUUCGUUUCGAAAAUAAAAGACGAAUUAAAAGACGUAGAAAGUUUCAGUAAAUACAUGGACUUGUAUAAGUUUGAACAAACGGAAGACUUGGCAAACGUAAAAUCUGAAAGCAUAGCAGAAUUGUACAGAACCUUUGAAUCAGACUUGACUGAUUGGAUGAAAAAUAAUAUAAGAAUUGAUUUGAGUGGAAAAAUAUCAAUGUCUAGCGCACGUUACUCCGACACAGAUUAUCUAUUAUGCCACGAUGACAAUAUGCGCGAUAGAAGAAUCGCCUUUAUUUUAUAUUUGUCUGAAAAUUGGACUGCACAGGAUGGUGGAUCACUAGAUAUAUUUGAUACGGAUGAAAACGGACAGCCGAAAUGCAUUGUCCGCUCCUUAAUCCCUGAAUAUAACUCGAUGAUUUUCUUUGAAGUUUCAGAUAAAUCGUACCAUCAAGUGUCCGAAGUAUUAUCCACAGAUAAAGUAAGAAUGUCAAUUAAUGGAUGGUUUCAUGGGCCAUUGUUAGAAAUUGAAAGACAGCCUAGGCCAGAAAUAAUUUACAAAUAUUUUAAUCCUGAGGAGACAGAGGUGGACUUGCUUUCUUAUAUUUCCAAGAUUUAUUUGUACGAAACAAUCGUUAAGAAAAUUCAAAAAACUAUUGAAAAAGAUUCGUUCAUAUACCUUCCUAACUUUUUACUGAAAAAUGUGUACGAGAAAUUGUGUGAUGAUAUAAAAAAUGAGAAUAUUAAGUGGGAAAAAACUACUCCAGCUGAUGUACAGAAUUACGAAAUAGCCAAUGAAGACACUUUACCCACUGUAUUGAAAGAUUUCUACAAUAUUUUCAAGUCCAUCCAUAUUUUUCAUCUACUUAAACAAUACACUGAGUUGGAUUUGAUACCGGAAGCCGACCAUAUGAAACCAAGAAUGAAAAUUGAACUGCAGAGGUGGUCGCGGGGCUGUUAUAUGUUAAUCAAUGACAAAGAAGUCAUUCAACCUUACAGCGAAAAAAAUGCAGAAACAACAAACAGUGAGAACCAUAAAAGUGAUGAAAUUGACAAAAACCUAAAAGCAGAGACAAAAGUCGGAUCUAGUAUGGCAGGUAAAAUAGAAGACACAUCCAACGAAUCAAAGAGUAAGAAGAAUGAUGAUCAACCUAAUUUCGGUACAAAGCACAAUACUAAUACAACAAUUAAUGAAGAAAUCGCGAUCAAAGCCAAGGAAAAGGCUACACAAGAUCAAACAGUAGUCAAAAACCCACAUAGCGAAAGUCAAAAUAGUAUUGAAAGUAAAUCUAGUAAAGGAAAAAGGAAGUUGUCAAUAUCUACAAAGCCAUCGUCAGCAAACUGUACCAAAUCUGAAGAGAGAGCAUCAAUGUCCGUUGCAUUUGACCAAUCUGACUCUUUGGAUAUAGAAAAUUACUCGUCAAACCCACCGAGUGACCUAGAAUCUGAAACUUCACAGUCUGAUAAUGAAGAGAAGGACAAUAGUCUAGGAACUCUGGACGUUUUGUUACAAUUUCAUACCGAGAAUGCAACAGAUGAUGCUACGAUAGAUUAUAUUGACCCUAACCAGAAGGAUGGUGCAUUGAUUCAUAUACCACCCCAAGACAAUCAUUUGUGUUUAGUAUAUAGAACUGCUGACACUUGUCGGUGUAACGAAUAUGUCAACCAUUAUUGUAAAGGCUACUUUUACACGAUAGUAUGUUCUUACUAUGAAUAAAACCUUUUAGAAAAAAUUUCCUAU